UCACCCGGUGCAAAAAUGAAUCUCAAACUUGUAGCUCACGUCAUCAACUCAAUUAAUAUAAGGCACACACGUGUCAAAACACCAUUGGAAGUCCAACCGACCCCAUAUAAGUCCCUGGCCCAGAAGACUAAAAAACUACGGACGGCCAUUAACUACUCUCAGGUUCAAGUUCAAAGCAGCGAUCGAUCUCCGGCGGUUUCUGGCGGCUACGACGAAAUGGCGAUUUCUGAGGGAAGUGAGGAGUUUACCAUCAUUGAUAAAUGCACUUCUGAUUAUUCUGAGGAAGAAAAACUUUUCGAUGACUGUGGACAAGAAGAAUAUAUGCGUGAUCUAUCUCCGGAUCAUUUGGUGAAAGUUGAGGAUCGCUGUGGAUACGAUGCGUUUCAUGGAUAUCGCAACAAAAGGAUUGCUCCUGUACUUGAAAUUUGGGAAUAUCCGGGACACAAAAGGUUCAAGCGUACCAUGGAGAUCAAAGAUGUUGUUACAGAGCAUGCUCUUGAAUUGCUCCCUGCAAAAACACUCUCCCGGUUCAGAGCUGUUAGCAAAGAGUGGAAUGAGCUGAUUACCAGCCCUUUCUUCAUGCACAAGCAAGCUUACCGCUUCCGGGACAUCUCUGGCCUCUUUUGUCAACUCCCUGGCGACAGGCCUUUCUUUGUAUCUCUUAAUCGUGAUGCUUAUGGCGUUCCCAGUCCUUCCCUCAGCUUCUUGCCUGAACCGGUUACUGUCAGAACCAGCUGCAAUGGUCUGCUUUGCUGCCAAAGCUGUGAUGGAGAGAACACCUACUACAUUUGCAAUCCUGCUAACAGGGAGUGGAGUGCGCUGCCCAAGUCGAACUUCUAUCAUGGCCCUGAACCUGCCCUAGCUCUAGCCUUUGAGCCUUCUGUGCUUAAUUUUGCAGAACAUUUCCAACUUGUUUGCGCCUUCUCUCUAACUGAUCAUCCGGUUAUCUGUUUCGAGAUCUACUCUUCAAGGUCAUCCUCAUGGAGACUUGCUGACACAGAAUGCUGUGAGUUGGAUGCUCUGAAGUUGAAUGGUGACGGGCUCUUUCUGAAGGGUGUAGCCUUUUGGGAAACUUCUGGAGCUGUUUUGGCUUUUGAUUUGAAUGACGAGCAUUAUGGUAUUCUGUCGCUUCCUCCCAACAGCGGACCACACGGUGUGUUGACAGAGAUGAAUGGUGAGCUGUGCUACCUUCUGCCUCGCAAAGACAUGAAUGGAUACACCCUGGACAUCUAUGGUGACAUGGACGUGUGUCUGAAGCAUAGUAUUGCUCUUGGUCGUGAGUUUUUCAACAAUUUUAACAAGGAGUUGAGGGCGUUGGCUUGCGUGAACAAUGACGUGGUGAUAUUUGAUUUUGGAAAGAGACUCUAUGCUUACAAUCUGAAGACAGGGAAGGCUGAAAUUCUAAGAAGUGGCGACGGGACUGAUGUUGGAUAUGUAAGGUAUCUUCCUUAUGUCAACAACCUCGUGCACGUUCGCCCUUCGUACAUGAGCAGUAUACUUGCUGUGGAUCCUUCUGCUAAGCUAGCUAGCUAGAGCUUCUUUUAACAUCCUUAAACUGCGACCACGGUGCUGUGAAAUAGUAUUCCUUUUUUCUGUUUUUCACCCUCCACUCUCAGACUGGAUUUUCGAUUUAUGAUUUGAUGAUUGUUUGCAAGUUCAAUUUCGAACUUCUUUUCAAAUCCAUGAACAAGUUGUUAGUUGAAACUUGUUCAAGUUCAUAAUGUUUAGUUUCUUGAACCACAAGUCAUAGUGAUCAGUUUCUUGGACCACAAGUCAUAAUGUUUGUUCUUGGGUUUUGACUGUCUGUAUGAUAUGCGGAUCAUGGAAACAUCAUUUGACAAUUGUGUAUUGUGGCAUCAGCUUUCACCUUAAUGAAUGCUGAAUAUUUCUUUAGUCAAAGGUCCUUUGAAUGCUGAA